AUGGGUUUAGAAUAUCCUAAAUUUGCUCCGUGUGUGCGCCAUCCGGGCCAAAAGCUCCUGAGUAUUCUACCAGGCAGCGGUUGGGACAAUAUUGUGAAUGAGGAGAGGGGACCAACAACAAAUCGAGGCAACUACGCACUCUGUCGAUCCUCUCCCGAUGACAACUAUAUCAUCCCCGAUGACGUCAUUAUUGAACCUUUGAAGAGUUCUCAUAUUGAACUCUCAUCUCAGGCAUUCUCCCACUUUACAAAUUACACAUCAUUGACGGCUCUGUCUGUAAAUAUUGGAGGGGAUGUAGGCUUCUAUCAGAUUUCAAUCGGAGGUGACUUCUCUUUCGAAAAGGAAAUGGUCAGGAAGGCUGAGAAUAUAAACAAGGGGUUAACUAUGCGAUCACAGCUACGACAUCGUUGGUUUGGAGUUCACCAAUUACCAGACUCCCAACUCCACCCCAGAUUCCGAAAUCGUCUGUUAGAUAUUGCAGCCCACUUAGAGAGAAGUAAUAUGUCUGAUUCAGGUGGGGAUUUCGCUAUGAAUAUCAUUUCUCAGAAAGGCCGAACUAUAUCGAAUUUCGGAAGAGAGGACAUGUUCAAGAUGAUGGAAAGCUUAAGGGCUUCGUAUUUGGCUGAUCUAAUUGUGAGAGACUUUGGAACUCAUUCCAUCAUUGCUGUAGAAGCCGGUGGAGUGGUGGCAAAAGUCGACAGUCUCGUUGCCAGCACAAGAACGAUGUUUGAUUCCGAGAGAACAAAGCUGGAAUAUGGGGCGAGAGCAUCAUUUUUCGAUUUCUUUAAAAUUAACAAUUCGGCUAACUUUAUUCAAGGCACGACUAACACGGCUGAGUAUGAUUCCAACGUGGCUUCAAGUUUUAUUCUGAGUUAUGGUGGACCGAGUCUAAAAGCUAGUGAUAUGAAUUUGACAAUUUGGGAGAAUGGUGUUGUAGAGAAUCUUGUGGCCAUUGAUCGGCGUGGUAGACCUAUUUAUGACCUCAUAACACCACGGGCGUUACCAGAAUUGAGUGAAUCUCUAACGUUUGCUCUUGCUGCAACUGUGAAAUCAGCUGUGAUGCGAUACUAUGAAGCCAACUCAAUAGUUGGAUGUCUGAAUCCAUUUUCAUCUGCUUACGAUAGCGAUGCAAAUAUUGCGUCCGAUCGAUGCGAUGAUAUGGACUUUCAGGAUCCCACUGCUAACAGUGAAUCCGGCCAAACCCCAUUCGGAGGACUCUAUACCACAUGUGAGGGACCUGAUGACCUCUGCUCUCGCUAUUUGUCUCCAAAUCUGGCUACUGGAAAAACCUCCUGUCCUGAAGGCUAUAAGGCUGUAAAUCUACUACCGCCACAAGUACGCUCCUGUGCAAUGAAAUGCGAUACUGUUGGAAUCUUUCACAAGCCAGUCUGUGUUCACGAAUGCGCCGUUACUCGAGCAUAUUGGUGUGCCAUCGAUACAAACUAUACCUCAACUUCUCCUCAAAAGCCAAACACUACUAUGGAGAUAGGUUUUCUUUUCGGUGGUAUCUACACGGAUACAUCGGUAAAUCCCAUCACAAAUGCUCAAUCCUGCCCCCUCUACUACGUGAGCCAGCUGAUAGGUCGGCGAAUUCAGGUGUGUGUGUCCACGGAUAGAGAGUUUGGACGCAGGUAUUCAAUGGCGUUUGGAGGUUUCUACGCAUGUCAAUCGGGUAAUCCACUCUACGAUGUUCUCUCACUCAACACGUCUUCUCAAAAUAUAAGGCGAUGGGUGAAGAGAGGCCAAAGAAAUGGACUUGAAGAAGGCUUAUUGGAAGAUGACUACGCUUUGAUUUGGCCAAAACAAUGUCCGAAUGGAUACACGUCUCACGCCGCUGGAAUUGAGGACACAUGCCUGGUCAACUACUGUGUCCCUGGUAAUUCGCUCAAAGUUGUGAAAGAUCGGAGGGUCAAACGUCCUCCAUUCAUUCAAUUGCCGGAAUUUUCCGCGUUCGACUUGAAAUCAGACGUGCAGAAGGCUCUGAAUGAACCCCUACACCUGGUGGACACAUUCACAGGUCGAUCCUAUCACAACGAAGAUGGCAACUGGGUGGAAGAUAUUGAAGACACUAGUAUUAUGGGCCCGAAAGCAAUGACAGUCUUUGCAAUAUUUGGAAUCAUCUUCGUUGUUUGCGUUGGAGUUCUUCUAGUCAUUGGUGCAGCUCUGCUCGUUGUUAAAAUCAGAAAGAUACGCAGAACAAAUACGCCAUAA